CGGGGGAGCGGCGAGGGGCGGGUUCCCGGGCUCGGUCGGCGUUUCGGGUUGGAGCCAGCGGCCGGGACGGACCGGCAGGUCCCACCCCCCGCGGGAGCGACCAGGGGUGGGAAAGUCGCCCUCCAGGCGGGCGGGAGACGGCCCUCCCGCCGCCGCGGCUUCGGCGGAGGAGCUGCCGCCGCCGCCGCCUCUUCCUCAGGGGCUGCGCCGACGGGACUGUGCGGAGCGCCGCGGGCGGAUGGCGGCGCCUCCUCGCUCCGCCUGAGCUCCGGACGGGCACGAGCGGCGCGCAGGGCCCCCUUCCUGCCGCCACAGCGGCCGCGCGAGCAGCCGGAGGAGAGCCCGGGCUUCUCCCCGCGGGAGCCCCCAGCAUGGUUGACUAUAUUGUGGAGUAUGACUAUGAUGCUAUACAUGAUGAUGAAUUAACUAUUCGAGUUGGGGAAAUCAUCAGGAACGUGAAAAAAUUACAGGAGGAAGGAUGGCUAGAAGGAGAACUAAAUGGGAGAAGAGGAAUGUUUCCUGAUAAUUUUGUUAAGGAAGUUAAGAGAGAGACAGAAUCCAAGGAUGACAAUUUGCCCAUCAAACGGGAAAGGCAUGGGAAUGUAGCAAGUCUUGUGCAACGAAUAAGCACCUAUGGACUUCCAGCUGGUGGAAUUCAGCCACAUCCACAAACCAAAAACAUUAAGAGGAAGACCAAGAAGCGUCAGUGUAAAGUUCUCUUUGAAUACAUUCCACAAAAUGAGGAUGAACUGGAGCUGAAAGUGGGAGAUAUUAUUGAUAUUAAUGAAGAGGUAGAAGAAGGCUGGUGGAGUGGAACCUUGAACAACAAGUUGGGACUGUUUCCCUCCAAUUUUGUGCAAGAAUUAGAGGUAACAGAUGAUGGUGAAGCUCAUGAAGCCCAGGAGGAUUCAGAAACUGUUUUGACUGGGCCUACCUCACCUUUACCCUCUCCUGGGAGUGGGAGCGAAACUGCACCUGGAUUAGUUACACAGCCAAAGAAAAUUCGAGGAGUUGGAUUUGGAGAUAUUUUUAAAGAAGGCUCUGUGAAACUUAGGACAAGAACAUCCAAUAGUGAAAUAGAAGAGAAAAAACCAGAAAAGCCCUUAAACAUACAGUCACUAGGAUCCAAAACUCAGAGUGUGGAGAUAACAAAAACAGACGCUGAAGGUAAAAUUAAAGCUAAGGAAUAUUGUAGAACAUUAUUUGCCUAUGAAGGUACUAAUGAAGAUGAACUUACUUUUAAAGAAGGAGAGAUAAUCCAUUUGAUAAGUAAGGAGACUGGAGAAGCUGGCUGGUGGAAGGGUGAACUUAAUGGUAAAGAAGGAGUAUUUCCAGAUAAUUUUGCUCUUCAGAUAAGUGAACUGGAUAAGGACUUUCCAAAACCAAAGAAACCACCACCUCCUGUUAAGGGUCCAGCUCCAAAGCCUGAGCUGAUAGCUGCAGAGAAGAAGUAUUUUCCUGUAAAGCCUGAAGAAAAAGAUGAAAAAUCAGUGCUGGAACAGAAGCCUUCUAAACCAGCUGCUCCACAAGUCCCACCCAAGAAGCCUACUCCACCCACCAAAGCCAAUAAUUUAUUGAGAUCUUCUGCAACAGUGUUCACAAAGCGACCUGAAAAACCAGUUCCUCCACCACCUCCUGUAGCCAAGAUUAAUGGGGAAGUUUCUACUAUUUCUUCAAAAUUUGAAACUGAGCCAAUAUCAAAAUCAAAGCUAGAUUCUGAACAGUUACCACUUAGACCAAAAUCAGUAGACCUAGACUCCUUUACAGUUAGGAGCUCUAAAGAAUCAGAUCUUGUUAAUUUUGAUGACAUAGCUUCCUCAGAAAACUUGCUACAUCUCACAGCAAAUAGACCGAAAAUGCCUGGGAGAAGAUUGCCUGGCCGCUUCAAUGGUGGACAUUCUCCAACUCAAAGCCCAGAAAAACUGUUAAAAUUACCAAAAGAAGAUGAUAGUGCCAGCCUAAAGCCAUCUGAAUUUAAAAAGGACUCAUGCUACACUCCAAAGCCAUCUGCGUACCUUUCAACACCUUCAAGUGCUUCUAAACCAAAUAUGGCUGCUUUUGUAACUCCAUUAGAAAUCAAAGCUAAAGUAGAAUCAAAUGAUGGGAAAAAAAAUUCCUUGGAUGAACUUAGAGCUCAGAUUAUUGAAUUGCUGUGCACUGUAGAAGCACUGAAAAAGGAUCAUGGGAAAGAACUGGAAAAACUACGAAAAGAUUUGGAAGAAGAGAAGGCAAUGAGAAGUAAUCUAGAGGUGGAAAUAGAGAAGCUGAAAAAAGCAGUCUUGUCUUCUUGAAGUGUUCUUAAUGUUCCAGGGAUUCAGAAGCAACACUAUGAACUUCAACUGACUUGUUACUUAAAAAAUAACAAAUUCUGAUGUCGUGAUAAAUAUGAGUAUAUGAACUGUAAUAUCUAUAGAAAAGUAGGGGAAGGUGAAUUUUUUUUUAUAUAUUUUGUUUUGCCAAUAUGAAAAAAAGAGGCCUUAUUUCUUAUGUGCUGGGAUUGCAAACUUUUUUUUUAGUUUGCUUGAAAAUACUACUGAAUCUGUAUAAAAAGGAAAGAAAGUUCACAAUAGUUUUUUUAUUGAAACCUGUAGUAUUAUUUUUAAAGAGAUCUAUGCUAUAAAUAUGGUGAUAUCUUUACAAAUCUGUAAAAUAUACUAUUUGAGAGGGACAAAUUAGCUUUAUAGUAACUGUAGUCACUACUUUUCCCAUAAUACAUAAGGGAUAUAAACUUUGUAUAUAUAUAUUUUUUACUUUUAGCUUCUUACCCAGGAUUACACUGUUGUGCCUGUUUGUUUGCAGUGCUGUUUAUACUCUGAGUGAUGAAAUAGGAGUUUCCUAGCUAUAAAUGAGAUUACUCUCCCAUGCAUAUAGUACUAACUAAUGAAAUCAAAAUAAUUUCUUCAACUUUUAAAAUAUUUUAUAUUGCUUGCACUAUAGGAUUCAUAAAAGGAAUUCAGUUAAAUGUAUUGUAUUGUUAAAUAUAUUUGGGAAAAUAUGAGCUAUAUUUUAAAUUCAUUAGGUCUAAGGAACUAAAAAUGUCAAUUUAACCCUUAACUUGUUGUGCCUAAAAACUACAGCACAUAUAAUAUGCAAACACCAGCCUUAUUACUUUUCUGCUUAUUCUACAGGCUCAAAUAGUACUCAUUUCAUGUUUGUGAUUUAAUUCUUCAUGCCCCUUCUUUUGAUUUUUAAUAAUGGUAAUACUAGGAAAACAAAACUCAAAACUUUAAGAACUUCAGUGUGAGGUUUUGUACUUGGACAAGUUAUCAUCAUGUAAAUACUCAGGUUUUACAAUGUGUAAUUUACUUAAUAGACCAAACUAACUGGUGGAGAUAUUUUGGGCUGUCAUUUAGAUACCAGCUUUAUAAAGAGUGUUAGUAUAUCAUAAAAUGUAACAUUACAGCUUAUUUCAAACCAAAUAUAGUUGACCAUAUUCAAAAUGCAUUUUCACAAAAUGGAUGAAUUAGCAGUUUCUUCAGAGUCACUUAGGAACUGUUGAAGAUUUUAAAAUGUUAUGUCUAUAGAUAAUACAUCUCAAAAUGUGGGUUUAUGUUAAAAGUAGAAUUUUUUUAUUUGCAAAAAAAAAGGAUUUUAAGCACUAUUAUAGCACAUGACUUUCAGAUUUUGAGUACCAUCUGUCAUGCUUGCAUUUUAUAUUGUUUUAAACCACCUAACCAAUACUUUUCCUUUAAGUUUUAAUCUUAUAAUAGUAGAAUCUUGUGUUAAUGAAAUUUUGUCAUGUUGUUUCAAAUAAAAGAGAACUUUAGUAGAAAAUAAUAGAAAUUCCAAUAUAUAAUUACUUAAUGUUAAAUUCUCAACUUACGUUCAAUCUAAUGGUGCAUUGAGCGUGUACCUUGUAACUCUUUAAAGUCCUUGAGCUCUUCUGAUGAGGUCACUACUGAACAAAAUUGUUUAUUCCUGUUCUAAUGUUUUUAAAUGACUUUUCAAAUGAAUGGUUUCCUUCUUGUUAAAUAAAUUAGAGCUUAGUUUCUUUUACUGAAAGUCCUCAGGUAGAAAUAGAAACAGCGUAUCCUGGAAGUCCUUGUCCUGCUCUCUGGCUGGAAGCAUAGUGAGUGGCCCUCCUCCCCUCGUAACGGGUAAGGGAGUGUCCAGCAGAUUUCAGGCUAUUCUUAAAGGUUUUGUUGGUCGUUUUCUCACUUGGGCGUGAAAUCAAGAUGGUCAUGAGUACUGAAAUACAUUUGAGUAUUUGCUUGGAUAGUCCUCAGUCAGAAUAUAAAAGUAAAUAAUGUGUCUCUGUUUUUCUGCCCUUGACCAAAUAGUAAAGAAAAGAAAACCAAACUCAGAGGGAAAAGUGAUUACAUUAAUCUAGCAAUCUACCAGUAUUUGCUCUUGAUACAGGAAUUUUAUUAUUUCCUAUUCAUAAAGUUCAUAUCACAAAAUGGUUUGUAAUAAUAGCCUUUACUUAGAAGUAAAUCAUUAUUUUUUUCUAUGAGUGAGUAUAAACGACAGACUAGAGGUGAACAGCAUGGAAUCUGUCAUUGCCAAAUUCUUAGUGAAUGUAUUGUUCAGGUUUGCUGUUCUUUGAAACACAUAAUAUUACUAAUUGUCCUAGUUGUAUUUCAAUAUUAGAAGUGUUGUGUCUGUGUGCGUGAGUGUGACCACUAAGCUUUGGUCUUCUAUAAAGCUGUUACCUCUUUACAAAAUUUAAGUGUGAAGAUAGGAAGAGAGAAUGGGUCUGGUGUCAUAGAGGAUUUUCUCUUUUUUAUGCUUCUUACUGUGAUCACAGGAAAAAACCCAAGUGCUCUCUUUAGAUUUGCUGGUAACCAUUUUAUGCUUUCAUUUAAACUUGAAAUGUAUGAACUGAAUGAGACAAUCAGUUAAAAUCAGAAAUGAGAAGUGUUAAAAAUGUAAUGGCCUUGUUUUGCUGUAGCAAUAAAAUGACCAAGUGCAAUGACUUGAUUUAAUAAAAUCAUCUUUUAAAAGUUGCUGCUAUGAAUAUUUUCAGCCAUAAAAUUUUACCCUUGUUUUAGCCUGACUUGCCUUCAGUGUAUGUAAUGCAGUUGGUGUUCUGGUAUUCUAACAUUCCAAAAAAAAAAAAAAAGAAAAUACAUAUAUAUGGAGAAACUCAAAAUAGUAUACUUCACUGACUUGUUUACAGGUGCUGUAAAAAAAAAGCAUGCUUCUUCCUCAAAAAGAAAAAUUGAUAAUAAAGAAUAGUAUUGCCA